CCCGCCCAGCUUCAUAAAGGCUCGCCCGCCGCCAGCGAUGCUGAGCUUGUCCCCUGAACCUUCGCAUCCCGUCCUGUGGCGUCUUCCAGACCUGUCCCCCCGUAGCAAUGGCAGUCCGUACUUCAUGCAGUCCAGUCCGGAUCGACGGCCAGAGGCAUCUGGUAUCCUUACCCAACGAAGUCUACAUGCUGAUCCUGGAGGAGAUUGUCAACGGGGUGGAUGACGGAUCGUCCGCGGGGUACAAAUCAGUGCUUUCCAAUCUGAACCUCGUCUGCCGACUCUUCGCCAACCUCGCCACGCCAAAGCUAUUCGCACGCUUGACGUUUGCGAGUCCGCUGGCCAAGGAGUUAAAGCGGACACACGCCGCGCGUACGGCAUGGUUGAAGCAGCUCGCGAGGGGAGACAAGGCAGCUGUCGAAUUAGCCGCCAUGGUCAGGGAACUCCAUCUUCGCGGCCGCGCCUCCACGGAGAGCGGGCGCCACCUCGCCACGACCGAGUCGCCUUCGUGGCGGCAUUCCCAAAUCAUCACCUACUUUCCAAAUUUGCGCGAUCUAACACUCGUGCAAGCAGCCAUUUCGCAGGACUUCUUCAUAACGAUGAAGUCCCUACAGCAUCUCCGCAGCUUGUCCAUCAGGCACUGCAUCUUCGCGCCGCUGACGGGGCGCUGCAAGCCCUUGCAGUACUCGAUGAAGCUCGAACACUUCGAUGCCUUCCUCCUUGAUGGCGUGGACCAAUACAUUCCGGCGCUAUCAUCUAUGGUCCAGGGAGCCUCCAUCCGGUCAUUGAAGGUGACGGAGUGGCCACUCGCACGCGCAAUCUUGCAGAGCAUCUCGGCGAGUCGUCUGGAGUUGCUGGACGUCCCCUUUGAUCCCAACGACUCCGCUGACCUGUUCCGGGUCCUUGCGGACGCGAGUACCGUCUCGGAUCUGUCGCUGGUGAGCACUAUGGAGGCAGGUGAAGAGGCCGCGCCGCAGGCAGUGCCACCCAAGAUUUCCUUACCGGCGUUGCAGGCACUGCGGUGUCCGCUCAGCCUUCUUCCCGUUCUAUACCCCGGUGGAUCCGUGUCACGCCUGAGCGUUGUCGAUAUCUGCGAUUGGUUCUGCCCCAGCCAGACUACGGAUAUUCGGCUCUUGAUACCCCUCCGACAUUCGCAACUGCGGGAGUUGGAGAUACCGGCGUGGGUGUUCUAUCACUAUCCUGUGCACCAAUACGCGCCUGCCUUGGUUAAUCUGUCCAUCUGUUUCGAUCUCCUCACCUACAGUACGCCUCUCGAGCAGGUGAGUGAGCCAUGGGCGCAUGUGCCGACGUAUGCUGAGCCGACGGUCUUCUCUGCAGGUUGUCCGAGACAUCUGCGCCGCAGGUCGCACCUCGAAGUUGACAGGCUUAGACCUGCGUUUCGUCAGUGCAGCUUGGAAGCUGAACCUGCCGCUGCAGCACAAGAUGAUAGCACAGUACCUGCGGGAGCCGUCUAGUGCGAGAUGGAAACCAGUAAUCCUCGCACGCGAGCCCAUUAAA